AGCUCCCCGAAGCCCAAGUUUGCGCUCCUGCAGCCGCUGCCACUGCCGAAGCCCACCUUGUCUUCCGCUGCCUAGAGGUUCCGACACCCUGAGACGCUGGCCCCUACCUGGGCAGGGUUUUGGGAGGAGGACACUAGCUUCCCUCCCUAGCAGUUGUCCCAGUCCCUCGAGACCUGGGGUCCCGGAGAAAAUCUGAGCAUUGAACGCCGAGGCAGAUGAUCUUGAGUCCGUACACUCACACCUGAAGGUGGUCUGCUGUGACCUAAGAAAUUCCUUGGCUGCUGCCCCAGAGACAUCAGGGAAAGAUCAGUCACGAUUUCAGACCCUGCUGCGGUCCCUGCUGAGUUGGGGUUCGGCACUCCCGGAGUCUGGCGCUGACCAGGCUAAGGUGGUCACCUGACCUUCCACCUCCACGGAAGCCUGGAAGCUUUGUCCCUGGGACCCUCCAGUAGCCGGGGCUAGAAUGGGAUCAAUAGCUCCGGUCUUCCCUUCUCUAAGCCCUGAAUCUACCUCCCCCUCUCCGACUUCUGAAUCUAUUCCUCAGUUUCCCCACCUGGUUUCAGGAGAGUGCUGAUGAGCCCCCAGAGACAGGUGGCAAGGGUUGAACCUGAAAACAUUCCUAAGUAAUCCAUUCUGGUCCCUUUUACCUUCCUGUUUCUCAAAGGCUAGGCUCCCUGCUGGGAGAAAUUAGGAAGAGAAUACAUGGCCAAGUGGCUGAAGGACUACCUGACCUUUGGUGGUCGAAGACCCCCCCCACAACCCCCCAAACCUGAUUAUACAGAGAGUGACAUCUUCCGUGCCUAUCGGGUUCAGAAGAGUCUGGACUUUGAGGAUCCUUAUGAGGAUGGAGAUGGGCAGGAGGAGCCAGACUUGACCUGCCCCAGUUGCCCCAGCAAGCCUUCCUGCCCUGGGGACUACCAAUAUGGUUCUCCCAAACACAGGCUCAUCAAAGUGGAGUCAGGGGACCUGAACCGCAGUAAAAUGUUGCUGGGAGCUCCUGGGGAAGAUAAGACAGCAGAUGACAGUGAGUAUUCGGAUCCCUUUGACACCCAGCCUGAAGCCCAGUCGGGUGCCUCAGAGCAGCUGCCUGCUGACAACAGCUACAUGGAGCCUUAUGAUGCCCAGUGUGUGGUAACAGACCUGCAGCUCUAUGACACACCCUAUGAGGAGCAGAUGGCAGGGGGCAGCCCUGAGGCUGAGGAGAGGCCCCAGCACAGCCGCCUGCCCCGGGAUGAUGAGCGGCCUGCUGAAGAGUAUGACCAACCCUGGGAAUGGAAGAAAUACCACAUCUCCAGGGCGUUUGCAGUGCAGUUUGAGAAUCCUGAGUGGGAGCGAGCCCCAAGCCUGACUAAGGAGCUCCGGAGGCCCCUAGCUAAGACCUCAGGCUGGGCGGGGAAGGGGCCCAACCCGGAGAAGCACAGCCCCCAGCCAGCUGAGCGUGUGGAUCCAGCCCUGCCCCUGGAGAAGCAGCCGUGGUUCCACGGCUCCCUAAGCCGGGCUGAGGCUGAGAGCCUCCUGUCCCUCUGCAGGGAAGGCAGCUACCUUGUCAGGCAGAGUGAGACCAGUCAUCCAGACUUCUCUCUGUCCCUCAGGAGCAGCCAGGGCUACAUGCAUAUGAAAUUCACCCGGACAAAGGAGAAUAAGUUUGUGCUGGGUCAGCACAGUGGGGUCUUCUCCAGUGUGCCCGAGGUUGUACAUCACUACAGCAUCCGCCCGCUGCCUGUGCAAGGCACUGAACACCUGGCGCUGCUCCACCCCAUCACUGUGCAGAUCCCCUGACUGCCUUUGCAAUAGCACCCAAGGGUCAUCCCUGCGGCCUCAUGCCCAGUUGUCUCUCCUGGGCUGUCGCUGAUGUCUGGCCAUGGUACUCCCAUCCCAGGCAGGAUCUCCAAGCUGGAAGAGACCUCAGACCAUCUGGUCCAACCUCUCCUCAGCGACAUCGCUGACUGGUAUCCAGCCAAUUCUUGAAAACCUCCAGUAAUGGGAAGCUGACCACCUCCUGAAAUGUCCCUUUUCACUUCUGGAUGGUUUUUGUUGUAAUCUAAUUGAAAUCUGUCUCUCAGAAGCUUCUCUCCAUCACUCCUAGUUCUGGACUUAGAGACCAAUAGAAAACCAGUCUCAUCUGUCUCUCAUGUGUGAGUCCUUCAAAUGCUUGAACAAUGGCUGUCCAAGUUCUAUUGUCCAGAGUCAGCAUCUACGUGUCCUUCAACCGGUCAUCCCAUGUCAGAUCUCAAGGCCCAUCUCUGUCCUGGUCACCCUCCUGGACUAGCUCCAGUUUGUCACUGUCCUCCCUGUAAUGGGGCCCCCAAGCCAGAGGCCAACAUUACUGAUGAGAUCUGAUCAGGACACUCACUUCCCUAGUUCUGGACUUGGUGCUGCUCAAUAAAGGUCAAAGGUCAACUUGGCUACAAGGUUACUCUGUCCUGUUAACUUAUAUUGAGCUCCCCCAGGAUUCAUUGAGUUCCCAUUUCAGUUCCUGGGCCAGCCCCCUAGAAAAAAAAAAGGUAUCCCUGGCUAAAAUAAAGACACGGGACCCUACCUCAGCCCUAGGGUUGCCCCUAGACAUGAUACCGCCAUCCAAGAUAGACCUGGGCUCUGCCCUUGGACACAGAAGAGUCUGCUCUAGGCUGGACACAGUUUACCCGGAGAAGUUACAAAGGGUGAGUGGAAACUCAGGCUUGCCCCUCUUCCCCUAUCACUUCCCAUCCCAGACUAGAGGAAGCCAGUGGUGCAGAUGGGCAGCCUUGUUCUCUGGGCCUGA